AGGGUCUACUCAUUAUCCACCGGAUCUCUCACUUUCAUCAAUCAAAACGCACAACCACCCCCAAUCCAAAAAAUAUCUCCGAUUGAUAGAUAUUUAUAAUUUGAUUGAGCAAAAUAUCUUCGAAGCUAUUUUUUAUUCUAUAAAAUCUUCAAAAAAAUCAAGUCAAUCAUAAACAUUUAAUAAAAUGGAAGCGGAUAACAGCAGGCCAAACAGGAGCGAUGCUCAUUUGUCGAAAGAGGAAGAGGCGAAGAUCGAAGGAGAAACAAGAGACUAUUUCGAUGGGUUAGCUCCCAGGCGUCAUACGAAGCCACAACGCAGUGAGUAUUCCACGAAAUAUGUUGAUGGUUUGGGUUUGCCCAACGAUGAAGAUGAUGGUGUUAGCCCUGAGUAUCUAGAGUUUCAACAUCUUGAACAAAAUUCUGAGAAAAUUGUUUAUACAGGUAAGGAAGUGAGUGAUGAGUUUGUGGAGACGGAAUAUUACAAGGAUCUUAAUGGUGUUGACAAGCAACAUCACACGACAGGAACAGGGUUUAUCAAAGUAGAUGACACAAAUAGGGCUGGGUUUGAGUUAGGCUCUGAAUCUGACAAUGCUCAUCAUGCUUCAUGUAAGGGGAAUCCAGCCACUAAUGAGUGGACCCCAGCACCUGCUGAUAUGGGAUCUUUUGUCUCUGAUAAACCUCAAAGGAGCGAUAAUUGAAAUGGAUGAAUUAAUUGCUUCGGAUAUUGUUGAAAUCGAAUAGCAAGACAAGUAGAUGAGAAACAAGUUUUGUGAAAUGUGGGUGUAUUCUAUUUCUAGUUGAAGAUUAUGUGUAGUUUUGUUAUGAGGAUUGAAACUAAAAUGUGUUGUUAUAAACAUAUAUAUAACUUGCUGCUGGAUUUUUCACUAGCAUGGAAUGAUUCAUAUUAGUAAGAUUCAAUGUCUAAAUUCAAGUGUUGGUAUUGGACCAAUCAUUAAAAGACAUGACAUCUUAAUAGUUUAAGACAUGCAUAAUACAAUUGUGAAUGCAACAAAAGAAUACCAGGUAAAUCCAUGUCAUUUGGAUAGACAUGAUACAAAUCUAAAGCACUAUGGAAGAAUUGAAGAUAUGUUUUGAUGUUAUAAAAGUGUUAAUAAGUGUCAAUGUAUGAAGUUUAUCAAAGUGAUAGAUAUGAGUUUCAAAGUCAAAUCUCUAUGUCCUUAGUUAGUCACUGGUGUUGGCAAAAGUAACACCAAAAGUUCCAAAGCACGGUUAAUGGUU